AUGUCUUCCUUCACUACAAUCACCACCUCCGCUGUCUCAGCUGCCACAUCAGCCAGCGAAACAACUUUCAUCGAAGACGGAUCCCACUCUGACAAAAUCGCCAUCAUCGGCAUGACUAUCGGCAUGGUACUCCUCUUCCUCAUCUUCAUCUUGCCCUGUAUUUGCUUUCAGGGUCUCGCGCACUUGCAGCAGAAGAGAGAGGAGAAGAAGGUGGCUAUGGAGCAGGCGGCGCGCGAUGCAGGGCUUGGAAGGGUGGUUGCUGAGCAGAGAAGUCUCAAUAUCUAUGAACGGGAUGCGGUGCCUGGUGCGCAGGUUUGA